AUGUAUAUUCUCGAGCAACUCGCGCGUCUGCUCGACCGUCCGCUCUUCCCAUGGAAGAACGUGCUCGUGGGCUUCUCGCUGGGCCAGUAUGUGCUAGAGGGCCUCUUGUCGCUGCGGCAGUAUAAGUUCCUGCAGCGCACGAAGGCUCCCAAGGUCCUAGAGGGCGAAGUGUCCCAAAAGGUCUUUGACCAGAGUCAGGCAUACGGUCGCGCAAAAGCCAAGUUCAACCUCGUCUCCGGUUUCUACGGUCAAGUCCAAAACCUGGUCUUCAUCUACGGCGAUGUCCUCCCCAAACUCUGGGGCGUCGCCGGUGUGGUGCUGGCGCGGUACUUGCCCGGACGGUUCCAGGGCGAAAUCUGCCAGACACUGCUCUUUCUCUUCGGUUUCAACAUCCUCAGUACUGUUCUCUCGCUGCCUGUCUCGUACUACAACACGUUCGUGCUGGAGGAGAAGUUCGGGUUCAACAAGCAGACGCUCAAGCUCUGGGUGACGGAUAUGCUGAAGGGCCAGAUGCUGGGCAUUGUCCUUGGCGCACCCAUCAUCAGCGCCGUGCUCAAGAUCAUUCAGAAGACCGGGACCUCGUUCUUCUACUACCUGUGGCUGUUUGGUAUCUUUGUUCAGAUCUUCGCGAUCACCAUCUACCCGAUUGUCAUUCUGCCGCUGUUCAACAAGCUCUCGCCGCUCGAGCCCGGUGCCCUGAAGACUGGCGUUGAGAACUUGGCCCAGAAGCUCAAGUUCCCGCUUCAGGAAUUGCAUGUUAUCGAUGGUAGCAAGCGUAGCGCUCACAGCAACGCCUACUUCUAUGGUCUGCCGUGGAAGAAGCACAUCGUCAUCUACGAUACGCUGAUUGAGAAGAGUGAGCCCGAGGAGGUCGUUGCCGUGCUGAGCCAUGAGCUUGGCCACUGGAGUCUGAGCCACACGACCAAGCUCUUCGGUAUUGCGCAGUUCCACAUGUUCUACAUCUUUGCGCUCUUCUCCGUGUUCGUCAACAACAAGUCCCUGUACCAGUCCUUUGGUUUUGUCAAGGAGCAGCCCAUCAUGAUUGGAUUCCUGCUAUUCUCCGACGCCCUGGCACCUAUGGACGCCGUCGUCAAGCUGCUGAUGAACAUUCUGAGCCGCAAGUUCGAAUUCGAAGCUGACGCAUUCGCCCAGAAUCUCGGCUACAAGAAGGAACUCGCUGCGUCACUCCUCAAGCUCCAGAUCCAGAACCUGAGCACCAUGGACGCCGACUGGAUGUAUGCCAGCUACCACUACUCGCACCCCAUCCUCACGGAGCGACUCGGUGCGCUGGGCUGGAAGGGCGGUAAUGUCACGGGCCGCAAGGAGGAGGACAGCGAGAAGCCCAUUAAGGCGGCUGAUCGUGAGCUGUAG